AUGUUUCGAGUCGCAUUGUCUCGUUCGAGGGUAGCCAGGAUGCCUCGCUUGUCUGUAGCAAGCCGUCUUGCAGCUGGACGGUCACCUCUGCAGCUUCGUUCCCAAUCAACCCAGACGCCAACAGACAAGGAUAAAGUGAAGGAAGCUUUGAAACACAAUGAUGAUCUACAACGGGAUUGGGAUGCUCGGCUGCUCACAUACGAACAAAUGAAGCCCAAAACACAGAGCCCGACGCCGGACGCGUACAUCAUAGACGUUCGUGAACCCGACGAAGUGAUCCAAGGUUCAAUCCCCUCGGCCGUGAAUCUACCCUUGUCUGUACUUGGGAACUCCCUCCACCUGCCUGCAGCAGCGUUUCAGGAGAAGCAUGGCUUUACGAAGCCAAAGAGAGACCAAGAGAUUAUAUUCUACUGCAGAAGCGGCAAACGCAGCGCGUCAGCCUGCGAUAUUGCAAAAAGGAACGGAUAUACCAAUCUGUAUAACUACGAAGGGUCAUGGCUAGAUUGGAUAGAGAGGGAAGGCAAGAAGGCAACCUAA